UGUUGCUGAGUGAGCAGGCCCGGUGCGCAUUCUGCACUAAAUGAGAGGCCCUGCGCUAUAAAAACACUGAACAAGAGCUCGGCCGCCACAUUGAUUAUACUGCAUCUGUCCCACCUCAGUACGGCUCCUCACUUUUUCCGGCAACAACGAUACUCUUCCGGCAACUUUUUUUGACCGGCAACAACCAUGAACCCACAGCAGCAGCUGGAGCAGAGGGGACCGUUUAGGAUCACUGUUUUCGAGGAGGAGUAUUUCCAGGGCAAGAGUUGUGAGUUCACAUUUGAAUGUCAGAACAUUCUGGACAGAGACUUCAGAAAGAUUCGCUCCAUUAAGGUGGAGAACGGACCCUGGGUGGGGUAUGAACACCCUGAGUUCCAGGGCCAGCAGUUUAUCCUGGAAAAGGGUGACUAUCCCCGUUACCAGGCUUGGAGUGGCAACAGCAGUUACAGAACAGAGCAUAUGCUUUCUUUCAGACCUAUUAAAUGUGCUAACCACAGUGACAGUAAGAUAACCCUCUAUGAAUGUGAAGACUUCAUGGGACGUAAAUUUGAGAUGUGUGAUGACUAUCCCUCCCUUCAAGCCAUGGGCUGGUGCAGCAAGGAAGUUCCCUCGAUUAAAGUCAACUCUGGAUCCUGGGUUGGCUAUCAGUUUCCCGGCUACCGUGGAUAUCAGUACAUCUUUGAGAGAGACAGACGCCAAGGAGAGUACAGAUGCUACAAUGAAUACGGCACCCAGCCACACACCAAUCAGAUCCAGUCUAUGCGCAGAAUUCAGUAA